AUGGUCAAAGAAACGGCAUACUACGACGCACUGCAGGUGCCGCCCACGGCAACCGAGCUCGAAAUCAAGAAGGCCUACCGCAAGCUGGCCAUCAAGCUGCACCCCGACAAGAACCCCGGCGACGAGACGGCUCACGAGAAGUUCCAGGCCAUCGGCGAGGCUUACCAGGUCCUCAGCGACGAGACGCUGCGCAAGAACUACGACCAGUAUGGCAAGGAGGGCGCGAUACCGAGCAGCGGCUUCGAGGACCCCGCCGAGUUCUUCACCAUGAUCUUUGGCGGCGAGGCCUUCAUGGACUGGAUCGGCGAGAUCUCGCUCAUGAAGGACCUGACCAAGACCAUGGAGAUCUCCAUGCGCGAGAUGGAAGAGCAGGAGGCUGCCGAGGCUGAGGCUGCUGCCUCCACCGCCGACGAGUCUGCUGCUGCUGCCUCGACGGCUGACAAGACGACCGAACCCGCGAGCACUGCACAGGCCAAGGCUGCCGACCCCGCGACCGCUCCUGGGGCAGGUGCUGCUCCCGCAGCACACGCUGCUCCUCCGCCGGCCUCCGUAGAGACACCCGCUGAGCCCGCCGCGGCUGCCGCUGCUGGGUCCACGCCGCAAGCACCCCCAACGUCCGGCACUAGCACGCCCCAGCCCGGCCGGGGAAUACCGAUCCGAGCUGCUAUAAUGGACAAGUCGGAAGAGGACGCACGACUGGAGGCGGCGGGCGUCACAGACGCCGAGAAGGAACUGAGAGAGAAGCAGAAGAAGAAGGGUGGUCUCACCAAGGAACAGCGUGAAGAGUUGGCAGCGUACGAGCUCGAGCGCAAGCGCAUCCGGGAUGAGCGUGUCCAGACGCUGGCCAAGAAACUCGUCGACCGCAUUUCCAUAUGGACGGAGACGGACAAGGGCGCUGACGUCACCGCGGCCUUCAAGGAGAAGACUCAGCUCGAGAUUGAGAACCUCAAGAUGGAGUCAUUCGGUCUGGAGAUCCUCCACGCCGUGGGUGCUACUUAUCUUUCCAAGGCUACGUCUUUCAUCAAGUCGCAGAAGUUCCUCGGCAUCUCUGGCUUUUUCUCUCGUGUCAAGGACAAGGGCACGCUCGUCAAGGAGACAUGGAACACCAUGUCGGCGGCCAUUGACGCUCAGCUCACCAUGGAGGAAAUGGCCAAGCUGGAAGAGAAGGGCGGUGAAGACUGGACAGACGAGAAAAAGGCCGAGUACGAGAAGAAAGUUACAGGCAAGAUUCUGGCUGCUGCGUGGCGAGGGAGCAAGUUCGAGAUCCAGAGCGUGCUGCGCGAUGUGUGCGACCAGGUGCUUAAUGAUAAGAAAGUUAAGCUGGAGAAGCGCGUCGAGCGAGCACAUGCCCUCGUCAUCAUCGGCGAGAUGUUUGCCAAGGCCGAGCGAGAUCCCGAAGAAGAAGGCGACUUCAUGGCCUUUGAACAGCUCAUGGCCGAAGCCGCGGCGAAGAAGGAAACCAAGGCAGACAAGGACAAGAAGAAGCACAAGCAUCACUCGCACCAUCAUGAAAAGGAGAAGGCAUGA